AUGGGUCCGACUGAACCUGAACUAAACAUGUCUCCUCAGCUUCGCAGAUGGCACAAAGCUGUAGGAAUUCUCGACUUGCACAGAAGAUCCACUAAAGUGGCCGAACACGACGGGGUUUUCGGGUCUCUUCUGGGCCUCUCAUCCACCGUCCAACAAGGCCUCCUCUGCCCAGCCGCCAAGGAACACGUUGAGAUGAACGAAAAGAAAUUCCAAUCAUUGGCUGGGCCACCGACUUUUCAACCCAAAAGAUCCCGUGGUUCCCUUCGUGGUCUCGUCUUGCCGGCCAGUGUCUCCAAGGCCAGAGACAAUGUUGAUGAUGUACUCAUCCUUGAGAUCCAAGCCGAGACCAAAGCCGUUCGGUCCAGCGCCACGAGAAACGGGGCCAUAAGAUGCGCAGCUAUCGUCGUAUCCAUUCAGGACCCAACCAUUUUCCUCCCUUCCGAGGUUCUGGAAGAGACGGCAACUGACGCUCGGGUGAUAACGAACUGA